UCUUUAGAGGAUUGCCCUCUAGAUGAAGAUGAAGAUACAUUUCAGGGCCUUGGAGAAGAAGAUGAGGAGAUCGAUCAGUUCAACGAUGAUACAUUUGGGUCAGGUGCCAUUGACGAUGACUGGCAGGAAGCACAUGAGCGCCUGGCCGAGUUGGAAGAGAAGCCGCCGGUGGCCGCUGGCGAGCAAGCGGGCAACGGAGAGAGGGAUGAGAUGGACUUGCUGGGGGACCAUGAGGAGAACCUGGCCGAAAGGCUCAGCAAGAUGGUGAUUGAGAACGAGCUGGAAGAUCCAGCCAUCAUGAGGGCAGUGCAGACCAGGCCGGUUUUGCAACCGCAGCCUGGAAGUCUGAAUUCGAGCAUCUGGGAUGGAUCCGAAGUCCUGAGGCGAAUCCGAGGACCACUGCUUGCCCAGGAAACGCCCGCGGUGUCUGUGUUAGAAUAUGCCUUGCCGCAGAGGGCCCCGCAGGGCCCGGAAGAUGAGCGGGAUCUCUCCGAGCGCGCGCUGCCGCGGCGGUCGACGUCGCCUGUCAUCGGGAGCCCCCCCGUGCGAGCCGUCCCCAUAGGCACCCCGCCUAAGCAGGUGGCCGUGCCCAACUUCAGCCAGCAGAUUCUGUGUCCGAAGCCUGUCCACGUCCGGCCCCCGAUGCCGCCGCGUUAUCCUGCUCCCUAUGGCGAGAGGAUGUCUCCAGACCAGCUGUGCAGGGUCCCGAACUCUUCCCUCCUGGGUCCACCUUUUCCUGCCAACACUCCUCCUGUUCUCAGCCCCCUGCAGAGAGCACAGCUUCUCGGAGGAGCUCAGCUGCAGCCUGGACGGAUGUCUCCCAGCCAGUUCGCACGGGUCCCUGGGUUCGUCGGGAGCCCGCUUGCUGCCGUGAAUCCCAAGCUGCUACAAGGGCGGGUUGGGCAGAUGCUUCCCCCAGCCCCAGGCUUCCGUGCCUUCUUCGGCGCCCCGCCCCCCGCCACGCCGCCUCCGCAGCCGCACCCUCCGGGCCCAGGCCCUCAUCUGCAAACCCUACGGUCUCAGGCCCCCAUGUUCAGAGCAGACACGACUCACCUCCAUCCCCAGCACCGGCGACUGCUGCACCAGAGACAGCUGCAGAACAGGAAUCAGCAUCGGAACCUCAACGGUGCUGGAGAGAGAGGAAGUCACCGCAGCAGUCACCAGGACCACCUCCGGAAGGACCCGUACGCCAACCUCAUGUUGCAGCGGGAAAAGGACUGGGUCUCUAAAAUCCAGAUGAUGCAGCUGCAAAGCACUGACCCCUACCUGGAUGAUUUUUACUACCAGAAUUACUUUGAGAAACUGGAGAAACUGUCAGCUGCUGAAGAAAUGCAAGGUGACGGCCCUAAAAAGGAGCGCACCAAGCUCAUCACCCCGCAGGUGGCCAAGCUGGAGCACGCCUACAAGCCAGUGCAGUUCGAGGGCUCUCUGGGAAAGCUCACCGUCUCCAGCGUGAAUAACCCUCGGAAGAUGAUCGAUGCCGUGGUGACGUCGCGGGGUGAAGACGAUGAGACAAAAGAAAAGCAAGUUCGGGACAAGAGAAGGAAGACGCUUGUCAUAAUUGAGAAAACCUAUAGCUUACUCCUGGACGUGGAGGAUUACGAAAGGCGCUAUCUCCUAAGUCUAGAAGAGGAGCGGCCUGCCCUGGUGGACGAAAGAAAGCACAAGAUCUGUGGCAUGUACGACAACUUGCGAGGCAAGCUGCCCGGCCGAGACAGGCCGAGUGACGAGCACUUCGUCCAGAUCAUGUGCAUCCGGAAGGGGAAGAGGAUGGUCGCCCGCGUUCUCCCCUUCCUGUCCACAGAGCAGGCGGCCGACAUCCUCAUGGCCACCGCGCGCAACCUCCCCCUCCUUAUCAAGAAGGACGCCCAGGACGAGGUCCUGCCGUGCUUGCUGAGUCCCUUCUCUGUCCUCCUCUAUCACCUCCCGUCGGUGACAGUCACGAGCCUCCUGCAGCAGCUGAUGAACCUACCUCAGAGUGCAGCCGCACCAGCGCCCUGCAACCCUCACCUCACCACUGUGCUCCAGAACAAGUUCGGCCUCUCGCUGCUCCUCACCCUCCUGAGCCGCGGGGAAGACCUGCAGCGCCUGGAGCCCGCAGCGGAGCCCGCGCAGAGUGACCAGUGGACGGAGGUGAUGUUCAUGGCCACCAGGGAGCUCCUGCGGAUUCCCCAGGCCGCCCUGGCCAAGCCCAUCUCCGCGCCCGCAAACCUCGUGUCCCUCUUCUCUCGCUAUGUCGACCAGCAGAAGCUGACCUUGCUGGAGACGAAGCUGCAGCUGGUUCAGGGGAUCCGGUGAGAGGCUUCCGCUGUGUGCUGACCUCCUGUGGCCGCCACCUGCACCGCUCCAUCGCUGAGGGAGUGUCGCGAGAGGGAGGUGGUGGCGGUGGCCGGGCCGGAGCAGACGCGGGCUGCAUCAAGGCCGGGGCUUCCCGCGGCUCCGGGAAGAGUGACGGACGACUCCCGCUGGUCCUCUGUACCUCUGCGUUACCGUUCUGCAUGUCCCCUUUACUUGGUUCUUUACCAUUUUGCGUUUUCUUUGCCCUAGAGAUACAAAGAGAAUCCCUCCCUUUAUCCCACCACACCGCCCACCUCACAGUAGAGCGCAGCCUUCCAAAGGAGUCUCCCUCAUCCUGCGGGAGACGUUUGGCACUGUCCCAUGGUAAGGUGACUUUAGGAGAGCCAGCUGAGUAGAACUCAAGGCAGAUUCACACACGCGCGCCUGUGCGCACUUACGUGGUCUCCACGGGGCCCUUACGAUGAGUUUUAGAUGGAAAAGUACUUAGUGGACACAUACCUCCUCUGAACACAAGCCAGCGGCCUCAUCUUCCAUCUGUCUCUGCUCCGCCUCGCCGUUCCUCUGGUGGGUCCUCGUCUUCGCGUGAAUCUGGGGUGUGCAGCACUUCGAGUGAAAUCUGAAUUUGUACCCGGCUGCUGCCCAGCCUUAGGCCGAGACGUCCUCCCUCGGGCCUGUGUCUCCUUCGUGUCUCCCUUCUGAGCGGCAGCAGCACACGGUUAAGCCUUCUCGUGCUCCCGCGGCCGCAGCCUCAAGCCCGUCCCCGCCUGGGGUCCGAGAGCCCGUGCUGUGGCAGAGCCCUGUGCCCCGCGCUGUCCCCCCAAGGGGACUGCCGCUCCUCCCUGUCCCCGGCUGCGCUGGCGGCCGCGGAUGCCGCCCUGGCCUGCUGUGCCCAUUCCGGGCAGCGGGUUCUGGGUGUGACCUCCGCGGGGACAGCGGCCGUGCCGGCCGCCCGCGUCCUCCCACACAGCAGCGAGGACGGGGUCCCUGACCCCUGCGGGCCGCCAGCCUGGAGACGCUGAGACCUGGGCCCCCUCCCCGCAGCCGUCCCGACCUCGGUCCUGCUGCCCUCGCCUUUCGAAUGUAGUUGGUCGGGCCGGCCUGUGGCGGGAGUGGCCACUUUGCACGUCCUUGUAUCGUACAACAGAGCCCUCCGUUGGGCCGGCAAGCUGCCCUGCCUGGUCGCGGCCUGGUCGCGGCCCAGCUCCACCAGCGUCCCCAGGCCGCCACCUUGCGUCCCCUGCGACAGCUACUGACUCCCACCCACGCCUCUCCCUCCCUCACGGCCGAUCAAGUGAAUAUUUGAUCGUUUUUUCCUGACUGUGCUUUAUCUUGUUUGGUUCUAAUUAAUGAAAAUAAAGGUUUCUAAAUUUACAUUUUUAUAGGGUAUUGUAAAUAAAAACAAAUUGUAUAAUUGAA